AUGAGACUUCCAAUUUUGUUAUGUCUAUUGGUAUUGUUGAGCGGGGUCAAACAAGCAGCCCCUGGGAAGGCGCCCUCAGAAAAUUAUGACAACUACAAAACUAUCACCUUCAGAGAUGAACCCCAUCCAGAGAAGCUUUUUGUAAGCGUUUUCUAAACUAUUGGGUUGCUGUAAUAAGUAUCUUCUUAAUAAUACCUACAAAGUUAUCUACAUGAAUGAUUCCAUUUUUUAGUAGAAAUAGUUUUACAAUGACAUUUUAGAACCUGGCCGAUCUCUUCACACUCCCACCCCCACCCCCAAAGCAGAAUCCUGCCCCCAAAAAAGCGGCCAGAAAGUCCUAA